GGGUGACUGAAAGCCCUGACCGCAUUAGACUUGUUUCACUCAGCUGCUCAAGCCAGGAGAAGAAACAUCUGCUUGUGAAAGGAUGCACUUUUAAAUACAUGUCUUUAGAAGAUCAUUCCUUCUUCAGAUUACUGGAAGUUUAAAAACAAAUUUUAAACAGACCCAAAAAGCUGCAUGGAUUACAUGCCCAAAUAAGAGCUACAAAAAUAAUUUUCAGGAAUUGCAAGGGAGGCAUCAACAGAGUAACGCAGCUAAUACUGAUAGUGUGGCAAGUGUAAGAGAUGGAAAGGUACUUUGCACCAGUGCGUGGCUCCUCAGAGGAUGAGGUGAAAAUGUACAAACAUUACCAUCCCAUACCUCAACAGCAUCCUCACAACCAUCAUUACCAGCACGACCAGUAUCACCACCAUGGAUCACACAGUCACAGCUCUUCAAGCGGUCACGGAAAACACAGUGAUAAACAUACUCCCCGUCACCACGACAACCAGCAUCACUUUUAUCAUCCCGCAAACCCUAAAAUGUCUGGAGACCAUCACAGCCUCUCUAAAAGGUCUUCCUCCAGCCUGUCCUCCUCCUCCUCUUCCACUUCUUCUUCUGCAUCUUGGACCUCAGAGCCCAGCCUGGAUGAUGAGACGUAUCUCAUGCACAAACCCCAGCAUUCCCUUUCCUGCUCCAACAUCCCUGAAGUUCGAAGGAAAAACCACAGAGAUCACAGAGAUCAGAGGCACCGCCACAGCCUAGAAAACGUAGACGAACUGCUGCCUGGUUCUCAGGAUGGAAAUCAGAUGCCAAAACUCUCCCGAGGCCAUAGCAAAAGCGAGGAGGGCCUUCAACAAAACCAGCACAAACAUGAUAACACCGAAGGAUCUCACUUCAUGGAUCAUGGGCCACUUUACAAGACUGCAAGCCUGGGACAAAGCCUUGCCUUUGGUGGCAAUAAUGACAACACUCUAAGUGGCAAGGGGGUUCCCAAGAAGGCUGUUUCAUCUAUUCAGCUACCCAACAAAGGUAUUCUGAAAAACAAAUAUGAGGGACAGAGAGAAGGAAACUUCAGGAAAGCCAAGUCUAUGGAGGUGCUCUCCACCAGUGUGCACAUCACAGAAACAUCCAAGCAGAUCUCUGUGGAAGCUGCGGGGAAUAACUUUGUGAAAGGGAAGCUACAGUUCUCUGCAUUUCUGGAUGAGAUCACCAAGCAGGUUAUCAGUCCCUGUGCUCUUAGCUCUUUUGGUGUAAACACAUCUACGCCACCAAAAUCACCCAAUGAAGAGCGCAAGAACCGCAGCGGCAAGCAGGAGAGCUUUGUGCCAUCACCAAAACAGCAGCCCAUCAGAACUGAGAGACCUGAUUUAGAAAAAAAUGAUUCAAGCUCACUUUCUCGAUCACAUAAGAGACCGAGCAAAUACCACAGCCGAAACCUGACCAGCCCUCCACCCCCGCCCCAUCACCCUAUUAAAGCCGAAAGACAAGGGGGUGCUUCUGGUAAACAGCACCACAGGCAAUAUUCUCAGAUGCUCACUGAUGGCACCAGCACCAGCCCAGAAACUAUCCACACCAACCUCUCCAAACACAAAGGGCGACAUCAAAGUAGUCAUGGCCCUUCCAGACACUUUCACAUUAAACAGGAGAAGGGGUCACCGCCACCUUUGCGAGCCGCAGGACUGGAGUCAGAGUCUCAGUCGAGUAAAUCAUCCACCAGUGCUAGUUCAGAGAAAAGUGACCGACCCAAACACAUGGGACACAGGAGGCAGUCCAAACCACACAGGGAUUCAUCCGGUUCCGUGGACCGAGUCCAGAUGCUGGAGGAGAACAACAAAGAGCUGCAUGAGAACCUGUUGCAGACGGUGGCAUGCAUUGAGAACAUGGAGGCAGAACUGCAGUGUACCAAGACAGAGUUAGUCAGCUUCAAAGAGAAAUACAGAAGGCUUCAGGAAAGCUAUUCGGUUUCUCAGCAGGCAAACAGUGUCUUGGAGCAGAAACUCGAAUCUGCGGUAGACAGCUUGGACUCAGAGAGGAAGUUCCUCAUGCAGAGAGUUGCAGAUGUGACUAAACAGCUGGAAAUUGCUCAGAAGACCAUCAACUCCCUGGAAAACGUCAAUGUUCCCUCAUUCAUUAGAGAGUUGUUGAAAAAUCACUUUGACUCUCGGGAAGCACUGGAGGACUUCUUAUGCCCUCAAACAUCUUCACGCCAACCUGAAAGCAACCAAUCAGAAAGGGCGCAGGAGGUCAGAAACAACCAACCAUCUGCUGGAAAAGAAGAAGUAUUUAAAUGGCCACAGACUGGACACACAUGCUCAGGUGCCAGACAACAGCCUGCCACAGCCUUUCUGCCUUGGAAACAUGAUCAUGAUCCAUGGGCAGGGCCAGGGCAACUCAUGGCUAAAGGAAGUGACUCACAACUUCCUUUUUCUUUUGAUGAAGAUGUGCCAAUCCACAAAACAAUGGCAGGUACAAAGCCCCCAAGUCAUCAAGUGCAUCAAUUAGCCAUGAACCCAGAGAUCCACGUAAUUCCCCCAAACCCAUAUAAUUUAGAUGAGAUGAGGUUCAGCAGAAAGACAGGUGGAGAGAGAAGCAUCACUGUGGGGAAAGAGCCCACUGAUGUCAGCUAUCUUACAGCUCAAAGGAUGCUGAAUGAGUUUUUGAACCAGAUUCCUCCUCCAGCACAUGAUGGUGAAGGGAAAGAUAGCGUAGAAGCAGAACUUUAACAGAAGGAAGGUAGUAACAUUUAAUUUGACAUCUUUUUGGUAAACUGUAUUAGGAACUGGAUAAAACUUCAAUAACGUCCCCCAUUACCAAUAUUGCAGCAAGGAUGCAAAUAACUGUGGCUCUGAUGGCUCUUUAUUGGUAGUUGAGAAAUGCACUUGAUUUCUAGCUUUACAAGUAUAAUUGCUAAAUGCAUAUAAGUAUGUAUAUACGAUCUGGUAUUCUGGUUUCCUGCUUUGAAUAUUUGUUCAGUGCAUUUGCAAAAGGCAUCGUCCAUAUUUGUGUUUUUCUGCCUGUUUGCACUUUUUGCCCUGAAUACUGUGAAAUAUUUAAAGUUAGCACUUAAAUUAUGUAAUUCGAUAUUCAUAUUAUUUGAUUACAAAACCAAAAUUACUGUCAAUUUGUUUUGGAAAAGUAUGGCCCUCUCAUUCUUCUGUCUUUGAGUGCUCAAUGUCUGUCUGUAUAAAAUAAAAAAAAUUGAACUGGAGAGUGAAUAGCACUUCUAUGAAAUGUUUAAAUGAACCGAGACUAUGUCCAUGUGGUUAUUUAUUGUAUAAAUUAACAUCUAGGGAAGUUUGAAUUGUUGUUUUUGUGAAAUGUAUAUGUGUAUAUGUAUAGAAUAUAAAUUAUAGUUUCUGCUAGAAAUCAAAUAAGCCAUAUAACCAUAUAUAUAUUUAAUAUCUAGAAUACCCUUGUAUUUUUACUCUAAAUGUAUUAAUAAAAUCUUGUGUGCAAGUUUGCUCUA